CACCAAAUUUUCCAGGAAAAAAAUGGCAACUUCAUUUCUUUCAACUGCUAAUUCCUUCUUCCUCUCAUCUCUUCCCCCUUCAACAUAUUCAUCAUCAUUAUCAUCAUCAUUAGGGCCUGCAUUAGUUCAUCUCAACAAUCAAAAUGUCCAAAGAAGUACUCUUUGCAAAGCAGUCAAUGAAUCUCCACUCCCCACUCCAGCUUUAACUAAAAGAAGCUUCUCCCUUUGCUUCAUCACCGGCUUGGUGUUGGCUGCCGGUAAUGGUUGCUCCAAUGCCAUUGCAGCAAUUCUAGAGGCCGAUGAUGAUGUAGAGCUUUUGGAGAAAGUCAAGAAGGAUAGAAAGAAUAGGCUUGAAAAACAAGGAGUAAUCAGUUCAUCAGGCAAAGAGAAAGGGUAUUUGCAGGAUCUUGUCUAUAAGUUGAGCCAAAUUGGACAAGCCAUUGACAACAAUGAUCUAUCUGCAGCUAGUUCAGUUCUUGGGGGAAGCACUGAUACAGAGUGGGUCAAGAAUGCCAAUCUAGCCUUCAACAAGCUGAGCUCUAGUACUGGAGAGAAGACGCAGGUGGAGACGUUCAAUUCUUCUUUAGCUUCAUUGAUAUCAUCAGUUACAAAAAAUGAUGUUGAAUCAUCCAAAGUAGCAUUUGUGGAAUCUGCAGCUGCAUUUGAGAAAUGGACAACCUUGACAGGACUUACUGGACAACUUAAAGGACUGUGAAGAGUUGUAAUAACUUUACUCAAUAUAUUUGAGCUUCGGUUGUUUUUUUGUAAGAUUUCUCAAUCUCAAUAAGCAACACAAAUUU